CUACUUUUGGGGUUUCUCAAGAACAAUAUCAGGAUUCCUAUCCUUCAAGAUUACAACCAAACAAUCCUCAUGAUAGUCCCAGUCAUAUUUCUCCUCCACACAGCCCCACAUCUCGAAGUCUACACUUCAACCACGAAACUUCAAAUGGAAAUGCAUUUGCGUUGCAUCGUAAUUCAUUCACAAAAAGGGCUGAAAGUAGUAGUCAAGUCAAUGCUCACCCUUUGCCUUUGCCUCCUGGAGCCGUGGUACCACCACAGUCAUCUAUCACGCAUCACAAUGCAGAACUUGUAUCCACAUCAUCAAUGAAAGCUCAAUGGCAGAAGGGAAAACUUAUUGGACGAGGUACCUUUGGUAGAGUUUAUCUGGCAACAAACCGAGAGACCGGGUCCUCGUGUGCAAUGAAGGAAGUUGAACUCGAUCUCAAUGAUCCUAAAUCUGCUGAACGUAAAAAGCAACUGGAGCAGGAAAUUGAAGUCCUCCGUACACUGAAUCAUCCGAAUAUUGUGCAGUAUUAUGGUAGUGAAGUAAUUGAUGAUCACUUCUACAUGUACUUGCAGCAGUAUGUUCAUUUUGGAUCAAUCAAUAAGUACGUCCAAGACCAUAUUAUUGGAGCUAUGACAGAAUCUGUAGUUCGAAAUUUUACUCGCCAUAUCCUCUAUGGGCUGGCCUUUUUGCAUAGCAAGAAGAUAGUUCACAGGGACAUAAAGGGUGCAAAUUUGUGCGUUGAUGCAUCAGGAGUUGUUAAAAUUGCUGGUUUUGGGAUGGCAAAACGACUUAACGGACAGUCAAACAAUCUUUCUCUGAAGGGCAGUCCAUACUGGAUGGCUCCUGAGGUCGUAAUACAGAACAAUCCAGAUCUUGGUUUGGCUGUUGAUAUAUGGAGUUUGGGUUGUACCAUCAUUGAGAUGUUGAAUGGAAAACCUCCUUGGAGUGACUUUACAGGACCUCAAGCUAUGUUCAAGGUUCUGGACAAAAUCCCAGAUAUACCAGAAACAUUAUCUGCAGAAGGAAAGGACUUCCUCAGUCGGUGUUUUCGUAGGAACCCUGCAGAGAGACCAUCAGCUAUUCAGCUACUUGAGCAUCCUUUUGUACUAAACUCACAUGAUCAAACUAUCUCACACUAUGCCCACAAUUUUUCUCUGAUGAACCUGGAUAACUUGCAUAGUCCUAGAGACCAAACUAAGCUAGAAAAUGGUCGACGAGGGAGGAAUAUGAAAACCUGUUAGCGGCUAAGGACGAAGAAAAAAGGGCAAGCCUCAUGAGAAUAAUAAUGUAACAGUGAGGAGGGACUUGGGUUGUUGAACGAGGUUAGAUUUGAGUUUGGUGAGGUUACUUUUGUUCCAAGCAAAGUAUUCAGGGCUUUUCUUGGUUUGGGCCUUCGUUAUGUUUAUUUGGCCCUUACUCUAUGUUAUUGGCUAAGGAUGAAUCCAUGUUUGAUCAGGAAGAAAUGUAUAGCUUGGCCAGGCCUUUUUCUUUUA